GCCUGCUCGGGCGGAAGACCUGUUGCUGGAGUUGGGCUGAAACUUUCGCUCGGCUUCUCGGUGUGAAGGAAUGCGAGGUGCCGAGAGUAGCACGGAGAGCUGCGCCGAGCCGGAGCGGGCCGCAGAAAAUUAAAGAUGGCUGCCCAAGUACUUGAGCAAUCCAGUGGGACCGGCAUGUUUUCCCACUCCAAUAUGGGGAUUUCUUCCAAUGAGGAAAUAUGUGACCUUAAUUAUCUCUCCAAGAAUGACUUGAUAGCAGCACCACAGCUGGUUAUGUUAGCAAAUGUUGCCUUAACCGGCGACAUAAGUUGUUAUGAUUACCAGGGAGAAGAUAGACUGAUGGCAGAAUUGAAAACAGUUGAUGGCAAUUUAUCAGACAAUGAGGAAGAAUUGAGAACAGGUGUGAACGAUACAUUGCAAUCAGAAAAUAUAAAUAAUGAAAAUCAAAGUGUGCCAAAUGUUGUAACAAAGAGUGGUUCUGAGACUUCCUCUCAAGACUUGAGCACAGACUCAGCAGAAGUAGUUAAUCAGGAGAACUUGGCAGACAAAGGAAAGAAGUCCAAACCAUUUCGUUGUCGACCCUGUGACUAUGAAGCGGAAUCUGAGGUGGAGUUUGUGCAUCACAUCAAAGUACACAGUGCCAAAAAGUUCAUUGUUGAAGAAACUGCAGAAAAGCAAAGUAAAUCCAAAGUUCCAGAUCCUCUUCCAGAAGAGGCAGAUAUUUCAAAAGGCCCCAUUCGCUGUGAUAGGUGUGGCUAUAACACAAACCGCUAUGAUCAUUAUCUGGCCCAUUUAAAACAUCAUGACAAAGUUGGAGAAAAUGAGAAAGUUUAUAAAUGCACCAUCUGUACAUACACUACUGUCAGUGAAUAUCACUGGAAGAAGCAUUUGCGGAACCACUUCCCCCGAAAAGUUUAUACUUGUUCACAAUGUUCGUAUUUCUCUGACAGAAAGAACAAUUAUGUACAACAUAUGCGAACACACACAGGUGAACGGCCAUACAAAUGCCCACAAUGUCCUUACUCCAGUUCUCAGAAAACUCAUCUGACCAGGCACAUGCGUACACAUUCAGGUGAGAAGCCUUUUAAAUGUGAUCAGUGCAACUAUGUAGCAUCAAACCAGCACGAGGUGACAAGACAUGCUAGACAAGUUCACAAUGGACCCAAACCAUUAACGUGUCCUCACUGUGAAUACAGAACAGCUGACCGCAGCAACUUCAAAAAGCAUGUUGAGUUGCAUGUGAACCCACGCCAGUUUCUGUGUCCUGUUUGCAAAUACGCAGCUUCCAAGAAAUGUAAUUUGCAGUAUCACAUAAAGUCCAAGCAUCUACAUUGCACUGACAUUACCAUAGAUGUGUCAAAGGUGAAAUUGCGUACCAAGCGACUUGAACUGGAUGCUCCUCUUGCUAAAAUGGGCAAGAAAAUGCCAGACAAAUUGCACCUGAAAAGAUCUGAGAAUCUGGAUAAGAAGACCACUGGCAAGGCAGAGAAAACUACAGCUGUAGCAAAGGAGUACAGUUUGGACACCAGCUCAAAGGUGAAAACCCGAAAUCAUAAAGUUUUCAGUCACAAGCACCUAUCAAGAAAAAGAGAUAGUGAUACAGAGAAAGCAAGGAAAAUCAAGGGCACCAAACGGAGGAGAAACUUAACAGUAGAGGGAUCUUUGCAGCAGGAGAAAACAGAAGAAAAUGAAGCACCUAGUGAAGCAAAAAGGAGAAAAAUAGGGAAGGCUAAAGAACUGAAUGAAUUUGAAGCAAAGAGAAGUAGAAUCAAAUUAGACAAGGCCUCACACAGGAAAAAUCUUAAAUCCAAACGAGUUAAGAAGAAAAACAAAAAAUAUAAAAAAGCUGGUGAACAUUCUACUGGUGGUGGUUCAGAUAAAUGUAAGAAAUCUGAUCAGCCUGAGCAACAAUUAAUUGUGUCUAAAAAGAAAAAAGAUUCUUCCAGAAAUUCUUCAUGCAGUAAUCCUUCUGUUGAAGCUACACACAAAAAAGAAUCUCAGAAUUUGGAACCACUCGGGGACAAAGCAAUGAAUAAAACUCCAGUUUGUACUGUUACUGAACAAAAUGAAAAUGCUUCGAAUGUGCAUUCUGCAGAAAAUGCUAGCAAAAUUGUUCAGAAAAUUGCAAGGGAGUCCCAAACUGCUUUUGACCAUCCUAAACUGGAGGAACCAAUGUUGACUGAGACAUUGACUGUGGAGGAAACUCCCGUAGCUUCCACAGAACAUGGUGGGGCAUUAGUUUGUAGUUCUGGACAAGUGGAAGGUGCUGCUCACACAUCUAAGACCUGCAAUUAUUUGAAUAACUCGGAACCAAAAGGAAUGAGUGCAGAAAAUAACUUGAUUUCUGAUGCUGAUCAAGAAAAGGAUGCUCAGGUGAUCAAUAUUGAGCUUGCUUUUGAAAUUUGCAACUCAAACAAUUCAAAUGCUGACCAAGAUGGCGUGGCGUACCAGGAUGAGGGCCACAAUGACAUGGAUGAUCAGAUGAAAGUUGAAGAUAAAACAAAUAAACAUAUAUUAGACAUCCAGGAUGAUCAGAACAGGUUGCAGGAUGAUGUGAGCAAGGCUUCAGAUGCAUUGGAUGACCAAAAUAAUCAUCAGGAUUCUACACACAAGAUCCAGAAUGGUCAGCGAAACCAAGACCAGCUCCAGGAUGAUGGUGAUGAGGAUGUGAAAAACAAGCAAGAACAGAACAAGAAACAGAAGAAGGAUGUGAUGAUGGAAAUAGAUGAAGAUGAAGGCAUUCAUAGCCAUGAAGGAAGUGAAACCAGUGAAGAUUCAGAAGGGAGUGAUGACUCUGGUCUGAAUGGAGCAAAGCCCACUCCUGAUGAUAAGAUUAACAAAAGGACACCAGAGGAUGUGAAUGAUGUUCCAGGAAAUUUUGUUUGCAUAUUCUGUGAUCGUGUAUUUGGCGUGAAAGGAGAGUUUACUAAGCACCUUAAUCGCCACCUAGUAAAUGUAUACUAUCUUGAGGAAGCAGCAAAAAACCAGGAAUAAAUGCAGUCCCAAGAUUUGGCAAGUUUGCUGUAGAAUAUUAAUCAUAGUUAUUACAAAAUGCUCAAAUCACUCAAAAAUUGUAUGUGAUCGGCUACUACGUUCUUUCAUUUUUGUUUCCCCAUAAUGUCUGUUUCCUUAC